CUGCUUUCUUUGCGAUUGCCGCGUGCAACGAACCUACAGUGUAUUGGAGUGGAAGUAGAACAGCCGGAGCGCUGUCCGGGGUGCUGAAGUCAACAAGCCAGAGGUGCUGAAGAGAGCACAGGCAUUCACACAGGAGUGUAUGUCUAUGCCAUUGAAGUCUUGAGAUGACUCGGAAAAGGCUGCGUUCUGUGGCUGCCUGGGGAUUCAUUGCGUGGGAAAUAGGAAUUUUGCUGAGUCUGGUAGCGUCAAAAGAACAGGAAAACCCCAGAGGAAGAACAGCACCCAUGUCACCCUCUGACUUCCUCGACAAGCUCAUGGGAAGAACCUCAGGUUAUGAUGCCAGAAUUAGGCCCAACUUUAAAGGUCCACCUGUGAAUGUAUCAUGCAACAUAUUCAUUAACAGCUUUGGCUCCAUUGCCGAGACAACUAUGGAUUACAGAGUGAACAUAUUUCUCCGGCAGCAGUGGAACGACCCACGGUUAGCUUACAGCGAGUAUCCGGAUAACUCUUUGGACCUGGAUCCCUCUAUGUUAGACUCCAUUUGGAAGCCUGAUCUGUUCUUUGCCAACGAGAAGGGGGCGCACUUCCACGAGGUUACCACAGACAACAAGCUCUUGAGAAUAUUCCAUAAUGGAAACGUUCUCUAUUCAAUCAGAUUGACUCUGACGCUUUCAUGUCCAAUGGAUCUGAAAAAUUUCCCCAUGGAUGUGCAGACGUGCAUAAUGCAGUUGGAGAGUUUUGGCUACACAAUGAACGACCUCAUCUUUGAGUGGCAAGAGAAGGGACCUGUGCAGGUAGCCGACGGACUAACUCUCCCACAGUUCAUCCUCAAGGAUGAGUCUGAUUUAAGAUACUGCACCAAACACUACAACACAGGCAAGUUCACAUGCAUCGAGGUGCGUUUUCACCUGGAAAGACAGAUGGGCUACUACCUAAUCCAGAUGUACAUUCCCAGCCUGCUCAUUGUCAUCCUCUCCUGGGUCUCUUUCUGGAUCAACAUGGAUGCCGCACCUGCCCGUGUCGCCCUGGGAAUCACUACAGUGCUCACCAUGACAACGCAGAGUUCUGGAUCUAGGACAUCCUUACCUAAGGUGUCCUAUGUCAAGGCCAUUGACAUUUGGAUGGCUGUGUGCUUGCUCUUUGUCUUCUCUGCCCUGCUGGAGUAUGCCGCAGUCAACUUUGUUUCACGACAACACAAGGAGCUCUUACGGUUGCGACGGAGAAGAAAUAAGUCCAGCAAGACUAUCAACCAAACAUUUGAAGAGGAGCUUACUGAGUCAUUGCGUUGCAUCAAUGGCCUACGCAGUGCCGAGCCCGUUUAUGGAUCGAUGAGCCAAAUUGAUGAAUCAAAUGAUGUGGAGGAGGACGUGCGGGAGAGCCGACUGAGCUCCACGCCCAGUGCAGGGAAGGACGGAGCUGUGCCCAAAGCUGCUAACAAUGCGGCCACAGCACACUCUGAGCCAGCCCCUGCUGUCGGCAAGAGUCAUGAGGAGAUGAGAAAACUCUUCAUUGACCGGGCCAAGAAGAUCGACACUGUGUCCCGUGCUGGCUUCCCACUGGCCUUCCUGUUUUUCAACAUUUUCUACUGGGUUCUGUACAAAAUCCUUCGCCACGAGGAUGUGCACAAGCCAUAGAUGAAAAGACAUGGCGCAUUGCUCUUUGGAAGGUUUAGUAGUAACACAGCAAAGGAACUCUGGUGUUAUUACAUGUGUGCGACACUUCCUGCCAAGAUCUAUGCUACACACUUAAAAUGACUGUGAGAAACUGAUGUCAAGGAUCAAUGGCUACUUUCAAUACUUUGAAUACUGUUUGUGUUGUGCACACAUAUGAGGACACUGCACUCACUAUACAAGUACAGAGGCAUCUGUAGGGCCUCUGGCACACCUGUCCCCCACGUACACACCUAAAAAAAAGUGGUCUGCACUUCCAUGCACUUGUUUAUUACAAGAGCACUGUUUCACAGUCCAACACAGUUUAGACACUCUCUGCAGACCCUUGUAGAGACAGAUAUGUGUGUCUUGCACUGGUCUUUGUCAAUUCUGUUGUCUUACAGCUUUACUGCCAAUGUUCUGUGUUGUAUUUUUGAUAUACAUUUAUUUAAAAUGCCAAGUAUAUAACAGAGUGCAAGAGCAGAGACACAUUUCUAAACACAUUGUAUGUUGUUGAUCAUUUUAUAAGGAAGCAUUUGAAAGUUUUUACUAGCAGUUGAUUAUAUCAUUCAAUUCUUGACCAAAAAGCUAUCGUUUUAUCCGGACACAGUCCUGAUUGUUGACCAGCUCUAGAAACCAGCAACCAGGCCAAAACAUUCUGAGCUAAAUCUCAAGAAAGAACCAGCAGAAAAGACUCUUCUGUUUACAAUUAUCAACACCUUAACAUCAGCUGCCACAAAGGAAAGACAAAGGGAUACUUUAUAAAAAUAAGCCACAUUUGUAAGAUUUUAAUGGGUAGUGUUCUGUCGGAAACCACAGAGCAAUCAAAAACAUCCUUUCCCAAUUUAAGUAGUCCUUAAACAAAAUCGUUAUUGUUUUAAAAACCAUUGCAUGUCCAUUCAGACUUGAUGCCAGCACAAAACAAUGUGGCGUGUUGCAAAUUCAUGAAUGGAGAAAAGAGUUCAAGGAAUGGUGAGGCUGUUGAGGAAGAUGAGACAGUCUCUCUUUCUCUCUAAGGGCAAUGGUUAUAUCAGCCAAUGUAAUUUCCAAGAUAAGCUCUAAAAAUAUUAAAUAAUAAUGUAAUAAAAAAUGAAAUAUUGUCAUAUGUCUUGGAAUCAAGCAUAGUUGACUGUGAAUAUAUUAUUGUUUUAAACAGAUGUAACUAUGUAUGGUCAUUAUAUGGCAAGGUAUUAUUAUAUGAAUAUAUGUAUAUAAUGACUAUUUAAUUCUGCCUCUUAGGAGGUUUUACUAUAGAGUUGUUCGUAGUGCAUACCAACUAUAUACUACAACACUGUCUUCGAAAAAUUUGUGCUGCUAUGGGGUACUAAAACACAAGAUCUCCUUUAACAUUUGCACUGAAAUUCAUUAUCAUAUGUUCAGUUAUGUGUUCUAUAAAACACAAUUUUAGUUGUGUAUUUUUGCAAUUACACAUCCAUAAGCGGUUUAAAAACAUUUUAUGGAUGUAUUUUUACAUCACUGUUCCAUGUACUUAACCUGAAUGUGUGAUAGGUUUUCACAAUUUAUAUGACACAGUUGCAACAGAUCUGCAAAAUAUCGGGACCAGACAGCUUACUUAGCUCAUUUGAUCUUGUCAUGCAUGAUGAAGGGACCAUUGUCUUGGAGAAAUAUUAACAUUACCUGUGCCAUAUAAAUUGUGAAAACAUGUAUCACACAUUUAGGUUAAGUACAUGGAACAGUGAUGUACUUUGCAUUUGGCACACACCCUCAUCGUGGAAGGGACACAAAAGGUUUACAGGCAUUUACAGUAUAAUCCAAGAACAUUUGUAAAUUAUUUUGCACAAACAUUAUUAAAAUGUAUGCAUGA